AUGGAUUUGAACGCGGAACUCCAAAUCAAAACCGAAACCGUACAAUCCGUUGGCUCCAAGUCCAGCGUUCCUCCAUCCUUCCAUUAUGGGAGAAAUAGUAGGGAUUGCAUUGAGAUGCUGAACCCCUUACAAUGCGACUUUAUGCCACCUCAACCAGGGCCGUUUGGCCAACAGCCGAAUCCGUUCUCACCGCAGGCCGCGCUGUUCUACGGUCAACAACCGCAGUUCAGCCAGGCUGCUACCGACACCCCUCGUGGAAGCCACUAG